AAAGAAACCUUCCCCAUCCACCCCAUUCGAUUCUCUCCCUGAAAUGGCGACUCUCUUCAACUUCCAAACCAUAAUCUCCCCUUCUAAGCCUGCCUUGUCUUCGGGCUUUCAAUUCGUGCCUCGUCUCCGAUUAAGCACAGGGAGUCGCGUUUCCCGAACCCAAUUUUACUGCACGGUUCGCAAGGCUGUUGUCGUGCGAGCCGCUGCUACGGAUAGAGAGUUUUCAUCGCGGAGGAGCGGUAACAAUGAGCCUCGAGAGACGAUAAUGUUACCGGGUUGUGACUACAAUCACUGGCUCAUUGUGAUGGAGUUCCCUAAAGACCCUGCGCCCACGAGAGAGCAAAUGAUUGAAACUUAUCUCAACACUCUCACUACUGUACUGGGCAGCAUGGAAGAAGCUAAGAAGAAUUUGUAUGCUUUCAGCACUACAACUUACACUGGGUUUCAAUGCACUGUCGAUGAGGAAACCUCUGAGAAAUUCAAGGGAUUGCCUGGUGUUCUUUGGGUGUUGCCAGAUUCCUACAUAGAUGUGAAGAACAAGGAUUAUGGAGGAGAUAAGUACAUAAAUGGGGAGAUAAUUCCCUGCCAAUAUCCUACAUAUCAACCAAAGCAACGAAGGGAUUCAAAAUAUGUGAGCAAAAAGUAUGAGAGACGAAGAGAUGGCCCUCCUCCACGAGGAAGAUCGAGACAAGAAGCAACCCAAACAGAACCUGCAUCUGAAUAACAUAAUGAGAUUAUGAGCUCUCCCAGCCUGCAUCCAUCUUUGUUAGAUCCACUCAGUAGCUUGAUUCCUGACACAGACCGCUCUUGAAUAUCUGGGAACCUCCCUAGUCCUUCAGGAACAAUUUUGGAUAUGACAAUACGUUAUAUCUAGGGGGGGGGGGGUGUUUUCUUGAAAGACUGAUGGAUGAGAGCAAUUUCGUAGAUUGAUGCAGACGGAGAAAACUAAAAGCUCGGAGUUUUCAAGCUAUCUGAUCAAAGUAUUGCAGUCGUUGUAGCCCAGAAACUUUUCUGAGGUCUAGAUAUGCUCGCAUGAAGAACAUUCCAUGUAAUUACUCAAUUAUGCAUCAGUAAGAGAUGAUUUGAUGUGCUCCAACUGCUUCCGUCGUAUUGCAAUGCUGAUUAGCUCUGCAGGUUCUUCUAAGAUAGUCUCUGCUAGCAAUCUAUUUUAUAACUAACAUUUGAAUCUCAGUAUCAAAAGUUUGAUUGUCUUGUUUUCAGAA